CGACGUCGACGGCAACAACACGGAGCCGUUGGGGAUAAUCGUCCAGUCGGAGCGUCACAGAGCUGUGUUGGCUGCGCGCGAGUGUCAGCGAAUUAAUAUACACAGGGAAGCCGAGCUCGGAUCGUGGCUGGAAAGCUCGAGGGCAAACUCGAUCGAGAGGGGUUUGCGCGUGGUCCGCUACCAUGAGCAAUAGUGCUAAUAGCAGUGGCGGAGCUUUCGUCGACGUGGGAAUCGACUUUCCAGCAAUCGGUCGCAGCUGAAUCUCUGGCCUCCCGCACAUUACCCUCCGCCAAUGGAUACGACAGCGGAUCCGUCGAUCGUUCGCAAGUCGCUCACUGGUUUCGGAAGCAGGCCACGUUUCGCUUGAGCAAGUCGUCGCUCGCUCUCCAGUCUUGGCAAGCUCUCAGUAGUAGCAUCAGCAGCAGCGGAGGCGCGACAAAUCUCGGAAAUAAUUGCAUGAGCAGAAGCGAAGGAAUCAUCAGGGCAAGACACAAUGGCGAACACGGCUCAUCUGGUGCGCCGGCAGAGCUCGCGCGACCUCAAGCCCCAGAAGAGCGUCGACAAGCUCGAGAUGAAGGAGCUGCGAGGUCGACUGGUCGGCGAGAGCCGCAGGGAGAGGAGCCUGCCCGAGAGAGGCCUCAGCUACGGCGCGACCAACGCCGGCUUCGACGACUCCAGUCCCAAUCGCGCCGCCCAAAGCGCAAAGUCUACAAAUCCUUUCGUUGAUGUCCAGAGCAAACAGACGAUCUCGGUGAGCGACGCGGGCGGCGGGGGUGGCUCCACCUCGGCCGGCGGCAGUAAGCUCGGCAGCACCGAGAAGGGCAUAUUCAAGCCCGAAGCCGGCGAGGACGAGCGCGAGAACUGGGACAGCAAGCUCACUUUCCUCCUGGCAACGGUCGGCUAUGCCGUCGGUCUCGGCAACGUAUGGAGAUUUCCUUACCUCGCUCAGAAGAACGGCGGUGGUGCUUUUUUGAUACCGUACUUCGUGAUGCUGGCUAUCGAGGGGAUCCCUAUAUUUUACCUGGAGCUAGCCAUCGGCCAGAGACUGCGAAAAGGCGCCAUCGGAGUUUGGAAUCAGGUAUCGCCGUUCAUGGGUGGCAUAGGCGUCAGCAGCGCCGUCGUAUCUUUCAACGUGGCCCUCUACUACAAUACCAUUAUCGCCUGGUGCCUAUUUUACUUCGUUCAGAGCUUCCAAUCGGAGCUACCCUGGGCGGAGUGCCCCAACAAAUAUUUCCAAAACGGCUCCUACUCACCCGAGCCCGAAUGUUUGCAAAGCAGCCCAACGCAAUAUUUUUGGUAUCGCACUACCCUCAUGGUGUCGAAGGACAUCAACACACCGGACGUGUUCAAUUGGAAAAUAGCCCUGGCUUUGGUCGUCGCCUGGAUACUCGUCUACAUGUGCAUGAUCAAGGGAAUCGCGUCGUCGGGCAAGGUCGUCUACGUCACGGCCACCUUUCCAUACAUCGUCCUGAUAAUCUUCUUUUUCCGAGGCGUCACCUUGCCCGGCAUGUCGGACGGUUUGCGCCACUUGUUUACGCCGAAAUGGUACACGCUAACCGAUCCAGUCGUAUGGCUCGAGGCCGGGACGCAGAUAUUUUUCUCCCUCGGCCUGGCGUUCGGUGGUCUGAUCGCCUUCUCGUCCUACAAUCCAGUGAACAACAAUUGCUACCGCGACGCCAUAAUGGUCAGUCUGACCAACUGCUUCACUUCCAUGUUCGCCGGCAUCGUUGUUUUUUCCAUCAUUGGCUUCAAAGCAACCAUGACGUACGAGGCGUGCCUGAGAGACCGCAACUCAUCCCUCAUCAGUUUAUUCGGAGGCUUCGAGAAAAUACCACUGCAUCUACCUGCCAACGGUAGCGUCUUCAACCUCACGAAUCCCAACGGAAGUUUAACGAGUCUCGUCAUGCCCACCUUGCCCGAAUGCGAUUUGCAGAAAGAACUCGAUAAUUCGGCGUCGGGCACCGGCUUGGCCUUCAUCAUCUUCACCGAGGCCAUCAAUCAAUUUCCCGGCGCGCAGUUCUGGUCGGUGCUGUUCUUCCUCAUGCUGUUCACGCUCGGCAUCGACUCGCAAUUCGGCACCCUCGAAGGCGUCGUCACGAGCAUCGUCGACAUGAAGCUCUUUCCGAACCUGCGCAAGGAAAUUCUCACGGGGGGCAUUUGUCUGGUGUGCUGCUCGAUAUCGAUGGCGUUCGCGCACGGCGCCGGCAGCUACGUCUUCGUCCUGUUUGACAAUUUCAGCGGCAACUUUCCGCUGCUCAUCAUUGCCUUCUUCGAGUGCAUCGGCGUGGCUUACGUCUACGGCAUCAAGAGGUUCGCCGACGACAUCGAGCUCAUGACCGGUACUCGGCCCGGCCUCUACUGGCUCAUAUGCUGGAAGUACCUGUCGCCGCUGGCCAUGCUGAGCAUCCUCGUGGCGUCGAUCGUCGAGAUCGUCGUCCAGGGCAGCGGCUACCAGGCUUGGGUCGCCGAAAAGGGCAUAACCGAGCGGCUCGAGUGGCCCACCUGGGCCCUCGUGCUCAUUGCCGUGCUCAUUCUCGCCUCGAUCCUCUGGAUACCGGUGGUCGGCAUUUGCAGAAUGUUCAACAUCUUGAUAGUCGAGGACAACGAGAAGGCUUGGUUCCCGGCGGCCGAUCUCAAAGAGUUCCACGGCAUCGUCCCUCACGAGACAACCAAAGCCGAGCAAUAUCUCUUCUGCAUCAGGCCGGACGGCAGCGAGGGUCUUUGCUGCCCGACCAGUGGACCGCGCGAAGACGACGAGGAGGACGACACCGACGUCACCUAAAUCAUCCAUCGAUCCGUCGCUCCGUUUCCUCAACUUAUGUACAAUUGCUUGCUUGCACGAUCAAUUGUAUGUACUUUGCCGAAAGAAAACAACGAGGCUCUAUUCACGCGCCUUUUUUUCUUUUCUUCUUUCUUUCCAUUAUCUAUAUUCUGAACGGCAUCAGUCAAUUAUACUGUUAAAAAAAAGAGUGCAAAUUAGAAAGAAAAAGAGAGAAGAAUUAAAAACGAUUCGCUACUGGUAUUAACAUAGUCAAUAGGAUUUACUGGGAGAGAAAAACUGUUUUCACUCGUUUGAUUGGUGAAAUAAUCUAUUCGUAAGUUAACGCCGUCUACACUUCUACUAUAUGGGAAAUUAAUCAAACGCAAACUCAUUUACGCGUGGUUAUAGAAAAAAAAGCGAACUAAACUAAAUAUAUACUUAUUAUAGUCCAUUUAACGAAAGGUAUGAAAAGCUCAACAAGCCGAUUGUUAUUUACAGUUUAUAAAAUAUAUAAAUACACAUAUUCAUCGUCAAAAUAUGCGUACAUAGAUAUAAAUACAAAAAUUUUAUUCUCAACGGAUGAAAAGAGAAAUUAUUCUGGAAUUUACCAGUACCACGUCGUUAUAUAUACGGGUCAAAAUAAUACUUUUUUACAAAACCGUGCGCACGU